ACUCCGCCAGUGGGGGGAAAUAUAAGGCGGCCGUCUUAAGUAGUGGGGCCAGUCAUGCCGCGAAUUCCCACCAUUCGAAACUCAGUCCUCGGGAAUGAAACGGAGUGGUGGGGAUACUCCGCCAGUGGGGGGAAAUAUAAGGCGGCCGUCUUAAGUAGUGGGGCCAGUCAUGCCGCGAAUUCCCACCAUUCGAAACUCAGUCCUCGGAGUACGCACGCUCCGCAAAAUGAAACGGAGUGGUGGGGAUACUCCGCCAGUGGGGGGAAAUAUAAGGCGGCCGUCUUAAGUAGUGGGGCCAGUCAUGCCGCGAAUUCCCACCAUUCGAAACUCAGUCCUCGGAGUACGCACGCUCCGCAAAAUGAAACGGAGUGGUGGGGAUACUCCGCCAGUGGGGGGAAAUAUAAGGCGGCCGUCUUAAGUAGUGGGGCCAGUCAUGCCGCGAAUUCCCACCAUUCGAAACUCAGUCCUCGGAGUACGCACGCUCCGCAAAAUGAAACGGAGUGGUGGGGAUACUCCGCCAGUGGGGGGGAAUAUAAGGCGGCCGUCUUAAGUAGUGGGGCCAGUCAUGCCGCGAAUUCCCACCAUUCGAAACUCAGUCCUCGGGGUACGCACGCUCCGCAAAUUUCCACUUUGCACUUCCGGGGCGGUUGA